GAGUCCAGUAGUCGUUGUUAAGGCAAAGCGGCAGCUCGUUUCGUUUGGUCGUUAGGUUUUUGUUUCGUUUUUCGUUAUUUCGCAUUUCGCAUUUGUUUACAUCAGAACAACGACACAAUCGACGGCUUUCAACGCAAUUAAAUAGUUGCCCCGCCACUGUUGAGACGUUAAACGAGUUUAGUUAGAACAUCAACACAACACAGCUGUCGAAAUGGACGCGCUUAGCGACUUAUUGGCACCCUACACUGAGCUUAUUGGCCAAAUCGCCGGCACAAUAACAACUCUACAAUUUCUGUCCGGUUUUUUUCUAUUGAAUGACAUACGAAAAAAAGGCUGCAGCGAUGUUUAUCCGGUUGGACCAUUUUUGGGCGGUGUUGUGCUCACCGUGAUGAGCGUAAAAUUGGGUCAAAUCAUGGGUGAUCAGCCAAUGAUUAAGGUUAACAUUAUUGGCUUUGCCAUCAAUACAGUUUUCAUGGUUGGCUUCUAUUACUACGCCUCGAAUGAGAAGAAAACUCAAAUGUGGGCUAACAUUGGAUAUGUUUCUCUAUUCCUAAUGGCCGUGAUAACCUAUGCCAACUUUGAGGAUCCUGAAAAGAUCGAAUUCCGUUUGGGCAUGCUUAUAACAUCCAUACUUAUCUGGUUGGUCGGUUCUCCAUUGCUGAACCUACCCAACAUUAUCAAGAAGAAAAGCACUGAGGGAAUGCCUUUCCCCAUCAUAUUUGCAGGACAACUUGUUGCCACAGCCUGGACUCUCUAUGCCCUUGCCAUACGUAACCAUGUCAUGGUGUUCCAGAAUUUGUUCCUGUGGAUUUUGGGUGCCAUUCAGCUGUUCAUGUUUGUCCUGUAUCCCAGUAAGCCUGCCAAGAAGCCCGCUGGCAAAAAGUCCAGCAAGAAGGAGAAUUAAAUGGUUGAGAUCAAAUACUUUAUAUGGUUCCAUGCAAUAACUUUUCCAAAAAGAAAUUAACUAAAAUUCAAAGCUUAAGAAAAUUUCUUUCAAUUUUUCGAAAGAACUUUCAAUAGUUAGAUCAAUUUAGAUACAACAAUGUUUAUCAAAUUGUAAUUGCAUUUUUUGUCUAUUCAUAGAAGCCGUAUUUUCUUAGAACAAAUCUCGCUUAAAGACAAAUCUUUACCAAGCUAAAGAGCAUUA